AUGGGCUUUUGCGGGGAUGUGGGGAUGUCAGUCCCAGUACUGACAGCAGUACCAGGGCUAUGUGACGCCUCUUGGAACGCAGGACACAGAAUCCCACCAGGGCGCGUCGUCCGCGAUGAACAUGACAGAACACAGGACAAGUGUCAGAGGCGAGGGGGGGAAGGGAGGGAUGAGGCCGAUCCAGGCCGUUGCGGGCCUAAAAUUCAUGGCAGCGCAGCGGCUGGCUUUGGCGCGGCCAAUGACGGUCGCGCAGUCAAGGGCGGUUGCUCUUCAUUCGACGCUCCGACGCCCAACGCCAUCACCAAAGCGACAAUCAAACCAAGCGCUGCUUCUGCUCCUGCUGCAUGCACGACAUGGUCGAUUGGCUCUAGCUGGGGAUCUUAUCACCAGGUUGAGCAUCGGCUAGCUGUCAUUGCUUCCUCCCAUUUGCCUCCCCUGUCAUGCUAG